CACACACACACACACAGAGGCGCCACCAGCAUAAUCUUUCCUCCCCCUUGCUCCCACGUUUCCCCCUUCUCUAUAGAGGAAACCUCCCUUCCUGUCUCUCCCUCCUCCCCGUCUCCUCUCUUUCCUCUCUCUCUCUGUCUGAAUGUGUCUGUCUCACUGUUUCUUACCCAUUUCAGGGUUGUCAUCUCUAAGUUAAUGUUGUGUAGCCGGAUGUGCAGAGAGACAGGCAGUUUGUAAAAGAGGGAGACAGUGAGGAGGAAAAAAAAGAAGCUGGUGGGUGAUUAAGAGAUUGGGGGAGGGGGGAAAACAUGCUAAGAGGAAAAUAAGUGGGGAAAAUGAGCAAAGACUCCAGGAUCUCUCUCUAGCAAAGGAGAUUGAGGGGGGGGGGGGGCUGCCGUUGAGAGGUUAGCCGUUCUCAAUGGCAACCUCUGUUUGUGUUUUGUGUAGCGAGCCAUCGUCGCCGCCUGCAUCAAGUGCCCUCCAGCGUCCAUUAGCUUGUUUUGUUGCUCAAAGCCCUCUUUCUCCACUGACCCAUUCUCACACACAAUAGCGGCCCUGUGCCCCGCCCCCUCGCCCUACUAUCCCCCCCCACCCCGACUCAACCUCCCAGCCGUGCACCGCUGCGUUUUGUGGUUGACAUUUCAGCCGUCACUCUCAAUCUAUCCAGCACUCCUGACCUAGAUGCCAGGUUGACUGGUGAGCCCGGGCGAGCUGCAUGUGCCGACCCGACUCUAGCUGCAGGUCAGGCAGCCCCGUCAUCACACACACACACACACACACACACACACACACACACACACAUCGACAGUGUGGCUUGGUGUGGUCUGGAAUGGGAUGGCGAAUGUGCCUGGGGAAAUAGGAUAGCCUUGUAUGUGUGUGGCACAGGAAGGGAGUUCUCUCUGUGCCACACGAUGCAUUUGUUAGAAAGAGCCACACACACCAAGCUGGUCAGUCAGUCAUAAUGACUGUAUGUCUGGUACUCUAAGCUCCAUCUGUUCACUAAGCAUGGUUAUUACACAUGCACAUACACACACACGUGCCUUCGUCAGCAGCUCAAGGUCACAGCUCUGGCAGAGUGCUGCGCUGUGACCUUUAUUCUACAUCUCACGCACACACACACAUACACACACACACACACUGUGUUGCGUGCAGCACUUUAGUUGACACGUAACAUGCCUGUCUCGCCCCUCCCCCGCUCUUGGUUGCUGUCAGCGAGCUGCCAUACCAUCCAGCUCGCCGCGGCUUCGAGGAAACGCUCCUCUGGCGUUUAGUCGACUCUGGUUGUGUGCGAGGAUUCCAACAAACGGAAAAUGUCAGCGGUUGACGGAAUGCUCGGUUUCUUUCAAACGUUUCACCAGAAAUUCAUGUUAGUCGUGUACAGUAUUGAGGACAUAGUUUACAAGAAAGACCCUUAAAAGUACGAGUGCCUCUGUUGGCCCGUUUCUUCCUCUCAAGUCUGUAUGCCUCGGUCCAUCAUGACAGACACAUAGAAAUGUUGUUGAGAUGGGCACGUCAUCAGACCAGUCAGAACAAUGGAUACCUAAUGGCAAAUUAAGUGAAAUUCAGCCAUGGAACGCCACAGCAGAGCAGUGUGGCUUCAUCUCUUGUCCUGAAAGAUGACGUACUUAAUCAUCCUUUGAGGGGCAGAUAGUACGAGCACCUCGCCAAGCUACUUCUCUGUAAGCUGAUUCAUCUUGGUUUUAGUGGUUGAGUGAUUUUUAUUGGAAACCCACCUCACCAUAUUUGAAGAGCUGAGACAUGCAACUGCUGCUGCUGCUGCUGCAGAGCAGUGUCUGAGCAGAGAGGAGGUGCUUCCUUCCUCCUGUGCUUACUGUGAAUGAUUCUUGGCUGUUCCAUCAUGGAGAGAUGAAACAUUAACUCUUUAUACAAGAGAUAUCUGAGCCAUCAAAAUGUGCAUUAGCUAUCUGCACAAGCCAGAGUUCACAUACUUUAAAUUAAGAAAUAAAUGUAUCCUAUCAAUUUCACCUUCUCCUAUACUUUAAAGUGUCAAAGUAAAACUUACUAUUUAAUGUCUAAUUAUAUAAGUAUGUGUCCCAUAGUUACAUGUAGAAUUAUAUAUAUAUAACUGUAGGGCACAUGGUUAAGAUAAGAGAACAGUAGCUCAAUCACAGUUAAAAAACAACACAUCUUUUAGACAUUAUUCAUGUAAUAGUUUAAAACUCACACCUUUAUCUAAUCUGUUCCAUUAUAACUAUUUAGGUGUUAAAUUAAACUUGAUUGACAGUGACCAAAUAGCCCAACAUUUCUCAUCAGAUUCAAACGUUGUUAAAUACUGAUUGGUUCAAGGAAGUAAGCGACAUCAAUCUCUUAUGUGUAGCUAGACUGUUUGGAACCGUGGCAGAAAAUGUAGUGUCAACCACUUCCAAAAUGAUAAAAAAAAAAUUAGGGAUUUUUUAAAAAUCUGCUUGAAAGUGGUGUUUGUUCAGCAUCCAUCAACCAAUGACUGACCAACGCUGGCACUCAAAUGUGCAGCCAAGCGUCACAAAGAGUAGUGAUAUGGCAAAAUGUAAUCGCUGUCCAAAAAUGAUUUCAUGCAGGGGAGGAAGUCCGUCUAACAUUACAAAGCAUUCGCUGACAGCAUGAUGACGAGUGUACUUUCAACUGGCUCGAUUGAGAAUAAUAUAUAUUUUACCUAUUUUUACCAAGAAAAUCAGAAAUAUCACCAGCCAAUGCUGCAAAUAAAGGUGCUGUCACAAUAAAUUGUCCCAAAGAUGAUUUGAGUUAUUGUCAUUUUAACACCAUUUUAUGCCACUGAUAUAAUGAUAAUAUAACAGGAUAAUAAUGCAAGUGCACCAGUUCAAAGAGCUAAAUAAAAUAAGACCACACAACCAAAACAAACAAAAUGGACUCUCUGUCAACAAAAAUGUGCAAUGUCUGCGCGAUGUGCAAGUCUUCUAAUGGUCAGGAAAACCCUGCUGUUUGUGAAAUUCUUUUGUAAAUAAACAUGCAUGUAAACACAAGCAAUAUGGAGGUCAGCAAAAAUAUUUGAGGUCAUGUCCAUAUACUUGUCUGUAUAGACAAGGAGAUACAUAGAAAAUGAUCCAGCUCAAGUCCACAUAUCGUACUAUAUUCCGAUAACUUAAAAAUUAUCGCGCUCCUGUCCAUUUAUUGUGCGAUAAGUCGAUAAUGUAAAAUGAUCGCGCUCAUGUCCAUAUAUCGUACGAUAAGUCGGUAACGUAACAAUAAUCACGGUUAUGUCCAUAUAUCGGAUAUCCAUAGAUGGAUGGGUAAGGCAAGAAGCUGAACGACGGUGACCGUAUUUUCUUUCACUCCAUCCUUUGGGAGUCUUAAAUGUUUCUGCCUGGUGGAUUUAACCCUUUAUCUCACUUCACUUCCAGCUGUCCUGCCCUCCUCCACUUCAACUUCCUCCUCUCACAGAGGGGGAUGUUGGAAGAGAGGUCCUCCAACAUCCCCCUCUGUCCACGGAGAGAUGAAACCCAACCCUGUUCAUCUCUUCCGAGUCUGUGAUAUCGGCCUCGAGGCCACUCAUUCAUCGAGGUCUUUUAUGGAUCCUUUUAUUAAAUUGACUUAUUGGUGAUAUCAUUGUGUUGAAGGUGCAUUGUAAUGGUGUUUCAGUAGAGCGCAGUGGUUUUUCCAUUCCUUGUGGAGAACUGGAUUAAAACCAGCAGAACUGAGCACACCAUCAAGCUGAAUUCACCAAGCAGAACACCAAACCUGACGCAGGACUCCAGCGUGUGUGUGAUUGUUUGUGUAUAUGCACUGUGUGUGUCUCCAUUGUCAUUCGUGUGAUUGAUUAUCUGGGAAGCCUGGCAGGAGGACAGAUUUAUCUCUUGGCACUGCAUCUCCCCCCCACAUCUCUCUGCGCUUGUCCCUCCAUCUCUCUCUCUCCCCCCUAGUUAUCUCCCCCCCUCUCCUCCCCCUAUUUGCGUGUCUAAAUGUCUCGGUUUACGUGUGUGUCAGCAGGUGUUUGUGUGCAGAGGUGUGUGUGUGUGUGUGACACGUGACCUUGCAGUAGUUUGGUGCGGAAUGUGUGCGUGUACAUUAGCAUUCUCCUGAUGGAAGUGGACUUUCAGUGAUGGCACCCCAACUCUUUCCUCCUCCACGUGAACACAACCGAGGUUUGUGUGUGUGUGCGUUUGUACACAGAGGGGAGCUGCUGCCGUGGCAUUUCGCUAUAAACUUGCUGAUGCUCGCACACACACACACCUCUCUUUGACACACAGCUACACACGCACACUCUCAAAGGCACACUGGUAUGACACACACACAUACUCCCUCGCUGCGCCUUUUUGAAGUAUGGAGAUAAUUUAUUCGUGUCAUGAUGCCUGAUUUCCCAUCUGCUACUGGGACCCUGAGCAGCUGGAGAGAGAGAGAGCGAAAGAGGGAGGGAGGGAGGACUGGAAGAGUGGGUGAGGGAGGAGAGGCAGCUGGAGAGGCUCCCAACAGCUGGUAACCAGUUGCCUGUCACAGGGAGCCUACUUGGGAGGACGGGGAGAGGAUUUAGUCUGCAGGAGUAAAACGAGGCGUCAGCUGGUUUGUUUACUAAGGUUAGCCUGCUGGAGGAGGGGGAGGACACUGUGGCAACAGGGAGUCAAGGAGAGGGCGGAGGUGGUAGCCAUGUGGACGGAUGGAUGGAUGGAUCCCCGUCUACCCCCUCUGCUCUGUAGUCGGCCAUUACUGACAAUCUCAACCCCCGCCCACGCAGAAAAUAUCGCCCUCUUGACUUUGACAGGCUGGCACGACAAAACGAUGGAACGGAAGGUUGCAAACGUUCUCAGACUGCUCCAUAUUGAAACCAUGUAUUGAUUAGUCGAUCAACAGAAAAUUAACAGUAAGGCUUCAUUACGGAGUCAUGUUUCAAAUAAGAUUCUCCAAUUUAAAUACUUGUUGGCUUUCCAUGGCAGUGAAUUGAAUAUAUAUGCACUCUAGUUUGUGGACAAAACAAGACGUUUCUGGCGUCGUCUAGAGAACAAAUAAUCGCAAGGUUAAUUAAUAACAAACUGAUUGUUAGUUCUAGCCCUUUAGAUUACUUUCUUUUUUUUAAACACAAAUGUAGGCCUGAAAAUAAUGAUUAUCUACACUGUCAAUUAAUCAAUCGUUUAAUGAAAAUACCCAAAGAUAAGUCAAGUGACUAAUGAUUUAGAGAACUAUUAGCAUAUUUUCAUGCUCUUCAUGCGUCUUGGCCAACACUGACCAGAUCUGUACAUGCAAAGCCAAGUGACCACUGCUGUUUAUUUGUGGGGAAGAAGGCUAAGUGUCUUAUUUAAAUGAUUUAUUACUAUAUAUAAAGUUAUUAAGCAUAGUUUAAAGUUGUUGAAAAAACUGAAAUUAACGGCUGACUUUCUCCUCCACUUCCCAGCAUUCCCCCACCGACCCGUCAGGCGACGCCUCAAUGAUGGUUCCUGACAGGCCGACGGUCGGCGCCGGCGCCCCCGGCCAGCCUAUCGGCACAGAGCAGCCCAGCGACCAGGAGACCAAGCCAAAAAAGAAAAGGAAAAAGAAAGCAAAGGUAGCGGCCGGAGAGGAGGAGGAGGGAGGGAAGAAGACAGAGAGAGGGGGAGCAGUAGCAGCCGGAGGAGGAGGAGAGGAAGACGUGAAGUCUGGAUUUCCCGAAACAGGAAGUGAUGCGGGUGAACAGGUGACUGGCACAGGAACUGUAGAGGGAAGUUCACCGCCGGCGGAGGAGAAGAAGAAGCGGAAAAAGAAACCAAAGGAGAAGGUGGAGGGCAAGGAGCCCAAGACCACGAAGACGCCCAAGACACCCAAGACCCCCAAAGAGCCCAAGGAGCCCAAGGAGAAGAAAACUAAGAGCUCCACGCCUAAGACCAAGACCCCCAAGAAAAGCAGUAAGAAGGUGGAGUCUGAGGGUGGGUCUAGCGCUGCUAAGAAGGAUUCCAAGAGGAAGCGAGAGCCAUCAGUCAGCGACGACGUGGAGGUGAAGUCUCCACCCCCCUCGCCCCCUGAGGACGACGACGAUGACGGUGUACAGAAGCGUCGCUCCAGCCGCCAGGUGAAGAGGAAGAGGUACACGGAGGAUCUGGAGUUCAGGAUCUCGGAGGACGACGACAGCGGUGACGACUCGCCGGCACCCAAGUCCCCGUCUCAACAACAGGACUUUGCUGAGACAGAGGGGCCCGUCGUGGAGAAGAUCAUGGGCAAACGCAUCACUAAGAAACAGGUGAGAUGAUUCAACAGACAUGGACACACGGGCCGAGUCACGGUAUACGUCAUCUGAUUAGCCGCUCCACAGCUGGCCUGAGCAGAUUACACACA